CCCGUCUUGAAACUACACAGUCUCUUCAUCAGUUCCUCCUUCUUUGGACAUGACUGGCGGUCAUGCGAAACUUUGCAGAUAUACAGCGCCGGUGGACGUUGAUUUUCAAUACCUCGAUCGGAGUCGAUUUGAGACAGGCUGUACGAGACGGUGAAGGCUUCGAUCCAUGUGAGGAUGGGCUGCGAUCCGUUUCCUGGAAGGUUUGUAACUGGCGGGCCCCUCCAGAAAUAUCAUCUACCAACCGCAACUCUGCAGGCUUUUCUUCUAUAUGGACCGUUAAGCCAGGGUUCGUGGUCCAAGAAGUUGGCGGAGUCUCGGUCCGCAUACGUUUCCCUGCGAGAUCACUUCUUACGCUUCAUCGAGCAUCCCAAUGAUCUUCAUUCGUCUGCAGAUCCCUUGGCGGACGACGAAAAUUCUCCCUGGGCAAGUCUACGGCAGGACGAGAUCAACAGGGAGGAGAUAUUCCAGGAUGUAACACGAUGCAUGCAGGACAACUACUUUUUCCGAGAACCCGCUACUCAGAAGAGACUGCUAGACAUCCUUUUCAUUUACGCGAAGCUGAACCCGGAUAUCGGCUACCGGCAGGGAAUGCACGAGCUGCUGGCGCCUAUCAUCUGGGUCGUCCAUCAAGAUGCCGUGGAUCUAACCGCUGUUCCAGAAGGUGACAAAAAGGCCGAAGGCAUGGACUUCAUGAUAGAGGUGCUGGACGGCAAAUUCGUGGAGCACGACUCAUUCAACCUGUUCUGCGCCUUGAUGCAGACGGCGAAAGCAUUCUACGAAGUUGGAGAGAAUCGCGACUCGUCUCCUAUCAUUGCAAGAAGCAAGAGAAUCCACGACGACAUCCUGAGUGCCGUCGAUCCGGAACUGGCACUCCACUUGCAUGUGCUCGGCAUUCUUCCCCAGAUCUAUUCUAUCCGCUGGAUUCGACUGCUAUUCGGCCGGGAAUUCGAUUUCAAGGACGUCCUCAAAGUAUGGGAUGUUCUCUUUGCCGAGAACCUGAGAUCAGAUAUCGUCGAUUUGACCUGCGUUGCAAUGCUGUUGAGAUCUCGUUGGUCAUUGAUCGAAGCAGACUACACCGCCGCCAUCACCGCACUAACUCAUUAUACUCUGCCCAAUUCUACCGAAGACCCCCGGUCCCUGGUCAGAGAUGCCGUCUUUUUGGACAAGAAUCGAGACAGCGAAGCUGGUGCAAUAGUGAUCCAACGAUACUCUGGCAGGUGGCCGAAGCGCACCGAAGCUCCGAGCCGCCGCAGUUCACCAGCUAUCAGACCAACCGCACCCGCUCAACACCGCCAGUCACCAAGCGCAUCUCCAGGCCGGUUUGCAUCUCCGCAGAGACAGCUCGAAGGGCUAUUCCGAGAAGUCACAGGCAAUCUGCACAGACGAACUGAAGGGUGGGAUGUUUCGAAAGCCGUUAGAAGCGCAGUUGGCGAAGUUCGACGUAACAUGAACCACUACCAAUCCUCACACCCUCGGCAUUCCAGCCUGGAUACACCUCCGCUAGUCAGCCCAGAGCCGAGAAGGUCAGAAGGAGAAGCUGGGGACCCAUCACAGAAUCUGAAUCAGAAACUAGAAAUGUUACAGGAAAGGAACGUGGUGCUGGGCCAAAUGCUCAAUGAUGCUUUGGAGUCGUUGAGGGCGAUCAAGUUGACAGCUCCGGAAGGGGCUGGGGAGGCAGAGCACGAUCUAAAUAUAUGCCUCGCGAAAAUCCAAUUUGUCUCGGUCUAUCUGUCCAAUCCAGACAUCCCAAUUCCAAAGGAACAAAAGGUCCGCGAUACAAAGAACUCCACCAAAACAACCAAUCCAUCUGCACACAAGUCAGGCGAGGCUGUUCAGGGUGAACAGGACCGCGAAGACGACACGAAACCGGAAUCACGAACCACGGAGCCAACCCAAGAUCCCAUGGUCGGAAAGGCUGGUGGUGGGGUCACUAACAAGGCCGUGUCACGACCAUCGUUGAUGGACUCAUCAUUCUCGUUUAUGCUUGGGGAAAAUCGCCACCGAUCCAGCUUUGUCAGUUCUGUUGCUGACUUGCCAGAACAUAGAAGGGAAAGCCAGUCUAGAACCAGACCUAAGAAGAAGGCAGCUGAGACCAAAACGCAGCAGGAGCGCAAAGACUCAGGGAGUGAGGAUGACGGCUUCACCUUGACUAAGAUCCAAGGAGGCCAAGGCUGAAGGGAAAGGGAACGCUAAUGCAGGACACGAUCGACUACUGUGUAACAAUGAGUGUACGAGCGAUGCGUUAGACGAUAUCAAUGUGGGUUUUGCGUUGUGGGUAUAGCCGUCCAACUGCCACGACCUGGGAGUUUCUACAUCUGCCGAUUUUCAUUUUCAUAGCCUUCGAAAUUCAACAGUUCCGACGUCUCCAACGCAGUCCCGGCUGUUCCGACAAGCAGUGACUGCGGUGCUUGGGUUGGUGUCGAAUAUCUCCGACGUCUUUGACAGUAGUGCUUGCAAAAC